AUGUAUACGAAUCAACGAUCCAAUUAUGAAUAUACCAAUCCUAUGGUAUUAAAUGCAAAUCACAAUAAUUUAGGUCCUUAUAAAAAUGAAAGGAUAACUGAUAAUUCUUCAAUAAUAUCUCAAAGCAGACAUCCUUUACAAAUUAAUUACAAUAAAUAUACACAACAAAACAUAAAUACUAAUCCAUAUAAUAGUCAAAGUAAGUUAAAUAGAAGUGAAAAAUCGACAAACUACAUAAAUUAUUAUAGGAAUGUUGAUAAUUUUCCAAAAUCCCCUUUGAAAUAUAGUUUUUCUCAGUUUAUACCUAAAAAUAAAAAUAUAGGAAAACCAACAACGGCAUUACUUGACAGUGUUAAACAAAAAGAUUUAAAAAAUAAUCUAAAUUAUGAAUUAAAAGUUAAUUCGGUUAGAACACCUCUAAAUUUUAAUGCCAAAAAUACUACACCAUUAAAACCUUAUUAUAAAAACAAUCCUGAAUUUUUUUAUCAAAACAAAAAGAAUGAUUUAAAUGAUAAUAUAAUAACGUCAAUAGAAAAAGAGAGAAGUAAAAAUUAUACAACUGCGCAAAAAGAAAGAUACAAUAAUGUAGAUACAUUAAUUAUAAAAGAACAAAAAUUUCAAAACGUUCCAUUAAAUAAAAAAAAUGAUGUGAAAAAAGAGAAUGAAAAUUUAGGAGACUCCAAAAAAUAUAAGGAAAAUGAAAAUAUAUACGCAAAAAAAAUUCAAGAAAAUGUAACUAGCGAAAUGAAUAAAAUUCGCGAAAAUGAAAAAAAAGAAAAAACAGAAGAAAAAAAGGUAAAUAAAAUUAUGGAGUUAAAAAAUAAAAAUGAAAGUGUUACAAAUGAAAAGACUGGUUAUGCAAAAGAGAAAGAUAUAAUAAAAAAAAUAAAUAAAAAAGAAGAAAAUUUAGACAGUUCCUUAUAUAAUCAUAAUAAUAAAAAAAAUAAAAAAAUUAAGUUUAAAAACGAAACAUUAAUAUAUAUUAAUAAUAAGAGUUUAUUACCAUGUGUUAUUUCAUUAGAUUUCAAUGAUGAUUCAAUAAAUUUAAACAAAGGAUUAAAAACCUUUGAAAACAUGAUUAUUAUUGACAAAAAUAAUAUAUUAAGAAAAUGGAAUGGAUUUGAGUGGGAAAAAAUAGAAAACAAUUUUAAUUUUUUCAUUAAAGCAAGAUAUGAUAAUCAAGGUAAUAUUUGGUGCAUAAAUAAUUCCUUUGAAGUUUUAAAAUUAAUAAAGAACAAAUUUAAAAAUUUUGGUAAUUUAGCAAAUGAAGAAAUUAUUGAUAUUGGUUUUGAUAAAAAAAAUACUUUAUGGUGUAUAAAUCGUAAGGGGGAACUAUUAAAAUGGAGUAGAACAAAAUGGAACAAAAUAAAAUAUAAAGGUUUUCAUAAAUUGACAUGUGUAUCAUUUGAUAAUAAAGGUGAUUUAUGGGGUAUUAAUUCGAAAAGAGCGUUAGCUGUUUGGAAUAAAAAAGAUAAGUGCUGGAACGAAAAAUUAAUUAAGGAUAAUUUAAAAAUAUCAUGCAUAGACUUUGAUACUAAUGAUAAAAUUUGGGUAAUUUCAAAUGCAGGAGCAUUACUAUCGUAUUCUUGUGGAAAUUGGAUGAACUUUGGACUUAUAUGUUUAGAGGAAUUAAUUUCUAUAAGUUUUAAAAAGCAAUAG